CACGUUAGAAUUUAUUAUACAGUGAAAAUGAUGUUGUGGAAAAAGUUAAAAGAGGAUAUGAUGGCCUUGCUGAUGCUGUUGGUGAUGAGUUCAUUCAAAGGGAUGAUGGCUUUUCAACCCGAUUUCACAGAAGUAAUAUCGAAUGUAUCAGUCGCUGUCGGCAGGGAUGCAACGUUCACAUGCCAUGUGCGCUAUCUAGGAGGAUAUCGGGUGGGCUGGCUGAAGGCAGACACGAAGGCAAUUCAAGCUAUUCACGAACACGUCAUCACUCACAACCCGCGAAUUAGUGUGUCACAUUCGGAUCAGAACACCUGGAAUUUACACAUUAAAUCGGUAACGGAGGAGGAUCGGGGUGGCUACAUGUGUCAGCUCAACACGGACCCCAUGAAAAGUCAGAUUGGCUACUUGGACGUGGUUAUUCCGCCAGAUUUUGUUGCCGAAGACACCUCAUCGGACGUUAUAGUGCCGGAGGGCAGCUCAGUGAAAUUGACCUGUCGAGCACGUGGAUAUCCUGAACCCGUGGUGACAUGGCGUCGUGAAGACGGUGAGGAGAUAGUCCUUAAACAUAACGCAAGCUCAAAAACAGCAGCAUUAUCAUUUCGCGGACAAGUUUUGCAUUUAUCAAAAAUUUCAAGAAGUGAAAUGGGUUCAUAUCUUUGCAUAGCAUCGAACGGAGUACCGCCAUCAGUGUCGAAAAGGAUAUCACUGAGUAUUCAUUUUCAUCCUGUCAUCCAAGUGCCGAAUCAAUUAGUUGGAGCGCCGCUUGGCACUGAUGUCCAGAUCGAAUGUCACGUCGAAGCCUACCCAAAAUCAAUUAACUACUGGAUUAAGGACACGGGUGAAAUGAUAGUCUCAUCUUCGAAGUAUAAUGUUCAAGAAGUCUCGAAAUCGAUGUACGAGACGAGAAUGACGCUCACGGUGAGGAGGUUCCAGAAGGACGACGUGGGAUCAUAUCGAUGUAUUGCAAAGAAUUCACUCGGCGAAGUCGACAGCAGCAUAAGACUUUACGAGAUUCCAGGACCGAGUAGGAAAGUCACAUCACCGAAAUAUGGCACCGAUUCAAACGAUGUACUCAAGCAUAAAGUUAUGCAAAAUUCAUUCCAACCGGACGACGAGGACCAAUACGGUUCAGCCGAAGACUUCGAUGACUCCGAUUUUCCCAAUCCAUACCAUAAACCAACAAAACCGACGCUUCUGGACAACAAUCGACACCAUAAUUCAGUGGUUGACUUCGGUAUGGCCACAAGAAAACCACCGUACACAAGUCUGACCGAAGUGCGAGGAGCAGCGGACAAUGAAUUGACGUCGUACGUAUCCUCCGCAAAGGAUAUCGUUUCGAUUAGCAGUCACAACCUCCUCACAAUCUUCACAUUAUUGUUGCUGACCUCAUAAUAGCUACUGUGAAUAGCUAACACCCGUUUAGUUAUGUGCUAUUAUUUAUAGGCAUAGUUUUGUGAAUAUUGCAAGUAAGUUGUUUUUGAAGAUAUUAUACAUAUUGAUGAAGUAGGGAUGAGAGAUAUAUACAUAUAUAUGGAGGACGAGUGUGGAAUUGAAGUAACGACAGAUUACUCUACAUGACUGUUUUAUGAGAUUACUUGAGCCAAGAUAAUGCUCAUUGUACUACA